AUGGUGUCAUUAUUUCAACAAAACAAUACUGACAGUAAAUGUCUUGCAACACUUUCAUGGGAUCAAUCUACCGUUGAUGCUCAACGACCCAUAUUAUAUGUAUGCAUCAUAGCUUCCAUAGUUCAUGCUGCUUUUUGGCUUCAACUUAGUCUUUGUCCAUCAGUUCGACAGAAAACAAUGCAAUGGCUCUAUGCUUAUCUUGCAACUGACAUCUUCCUUCUUAUUCGAUUUUUCUUUCUUUUCAUUGUUCAUACAACAUCAACAGAAUGUAUACCCACUAGAGCAUGGGAGCUGUUUGUCGCAUACAUUGAAGCAAUUGGUGACAAUUAUUUAAACAUAUUAGAAGUAUACAUUCUACUUGCAUUAAAUCUUUGUCGAUAUAUACAAAUUACACGUAACAAAAAUGUUUAUGUUACAAAUGUACGACUAUUGGUUGUUACACAUAUUGCUAUUUAUUUAUUACCAGCUUUUUUUCUAAUUAUUCAACUUCCAAUUGGAUGGGGUGAAUUAAAUUCUUAUAGUGGUAAUACGUGCGAUAUAGGAUAUACAAAUACCUUUGCUGUAGUACUCAAUAUUGUUGUUGCUUUUAUUUUACCGAUUGGUUUAAAUAUUCUAGUCAUCGGUGCUAGCGUUCGUCAUGUUCAUUUAACUUCGCAACUACAACAAGCAAAGCAUCAUGUAUCAGCUCGUGAAAAAUAUAAUCGUUCAUUAGUAAUUCAAUUCACUAUUUUUUAUACAAUAUGGUUCUUACUUUGGUCACCGAAUAUCAUUAUUUAUCAAUUUACUAGUGGUGUAAAUACUCUUACAAUAAUUGGCAAAUUGUUGAACUUCAUUGAAAUCUCAAUAGAUCCAAUUAUAGUUGCUGCAUUAGAUGUUCGCUUUUAUCAAGCUUGGAAAAAAACUUGGACAGAAUUAAAAAACAGAAGCCUCAAAAAAUUUGGACAUGAACAAAGACGUAUUGGACCUGCUGUUUUUACUACAACAGUGAACACAGUGCAACAACGUGUUACAAAAGUUUAA